AUGGCAGUAGAAACUACUAACUGCAUGUACAAUAAUACUUACCGCGAUGAAAACAAUAAUUGUGUUUGUUUGCCAGGAUAUUUCAAUGAUCCCGAAAAAGGUAUUAAUGAUUGCUAUACAUGUAAAGAUGGAUGUCAUAGUAUGGCUUUAUGUGUUCAUCCCGGUAUAUGUAUUUGCGCACAAGGUCUUAUUGGUGAUGGUCAAAAGUGUUGGUUCCCUCUUCCAAAGCAAUAUGUAUUCGAUAUACCAGAACCACUUGAAACAGGUGGUUACAACCUAACCAUUAAGGUCAGACAUCCAAAAAAUCAUAUUGUUUAUAAAUUAUAUUGUCAGAUUGGAGGAGAAAUAUUCGAAUCACAUAGUUUCAAUGUUACGGUUGCUUAUUUCAUCAUUCCUAUGUCAAUUUACGGUUAUCAAAAUAUCACAAUUUCUUACGAUAAAAUGAAUUGGUCUCCUGACGUCAAAAGAAUAUACUUCCAAAAGACUUAUAGCCAUCAAUUUAUUAACGAAAGUACUCCAUUCGUAUUCGCUCUUCUCGUAGUCGUUCUCAUUGGUACGUGUUUGUUACACGGAAAAGGAGCUAUUUUUGAUAAAGAGGAAGAGAUACCACUUCCUCAUGUCACAGACAAUGCUAAAUAA